GUGGCUCUGACCGCCGGCUCGCGGCGCGUGGAGGCUGCUCGGAGACGUGCGCGUCUGCUCGGCCUCGGGUCCAGGUGGCUGCGGCGGCCCUCGGCGCUCGCGGGCCAUGUCGUGGCUCUUCGGCAUCAAGGGCCCCAAGGGCGAAGGCGCGGGGCCGCCCCUGUCCCUGCCGCCCGCGCAGCCCGGGGCCGAGGGCGGCGGGGAUCGCGGCGCGGGGGACCGGCCAGCGCCCAAGGACAAAUGGAGCAAUUUUGACCCGACGGGCCUUGAGCGCGCGGCAAAGGCGGCGCGCGAGCUGGAGCACUCGCGACACGCCAAGGAGGCGCUGAGUCUCGCGCAGAUGCAGGAGCAGACUCUGCAGCUGGAGCAGCAGUCCAAGCUCAAAGAAUACGAGGCCGCUGUGGAGCAGCUGAAGAGCGAGCAGAUCCGCGUGCAGGCUGAGGAACGGAGGAAGACUCUGAGCGAGGAGACACGGCAGCACCAGGCUAGGGCCCAGUACCAGGACAAGCUGGCCAGGCAGCGCUACGAGGACCAGCUGAGGCAGCAGCAACUUCUCAAUGAGGAGAACUUACGGAAGCAGGAGGAGUCUGUGCAGAAGCAGGAGGCCAUGCGGCGAGCCACCGUGGAGCGGGAGAUGGAGCUGCGGCACAAGAACGAGAUGCUGCGGGUAGAGGCUGAGGCACGUGCCCGGGCCAAGGCCGAGCGUGAGAACGCGGACAUCAUCCGCGAGCAGAUCCGCCUGAAGGCUGCCGAGCACCGCCAGACCAUCCUGGAGUCCAUCAGGACAGCUGGCACCCUGUUUGGCGAAGGAUUCCGUGCCUUUGUUACAGACUGGGACAAAGUGACAGCCACGGUGGCUGGACUGACACUGCUGGCCGUCGGGGUCUAUUCCGCCAAGAACGCCACGUCCGUCGCAGGGCGGUACAUCGAGGCCCGGCUGGGGAAACCGUCCCUGGUGAGGGAGACCUCUCGCAUCACGGUGCUGGAGGCGCUGCGGCACCCGCUGCAGGUCAGCAGGCGGCUCCUCAGUAAGCCUCAGGACGCAUUGGAGGGCGUCGUCCUCAGCCCCAGCCUGGAGGCACGUGUGCGGGACAUUGCCAUUGCGACGAGGAACACCAAGAAGAACAGGAGCCUGUACAGGAACAUUCUGAUGUACGGGCCUCCUGGGACCGGCAAGACGCUGUUUGCCAAGAAACUCGCACUGCACUCGGGCAUGGACUACGCCAUCAUGACGGGUGGGGAUGUGGCCCCCAUGGGGCGAGACGGUGUGACUGCUGUGCACAAGGUCUUCGACUGGGCCAGCACCAGCCGGCGAGGCCUGCUGCUCUUCGUGGAUGAAGCGGACGCCUUCCUCAGGAAGCGAGCGACUGAGAAGAUAAGCGAGGACCUCAGGGCCACCCUGAACGCGUUCCUGCACCGGACAGGCCAGCACAGCAGCAAGUUCAUGCUGGUCCUGGCCAGCAACCAGCCCGAGCAGUUUGACUGGGCCAUCAAUGACCGCAUCGACGAGAUGGUCAGCUUCGACCUGCCACGGCUGGAGGAGCGGGAGCGCCUGGUGAGAAUGUAUUUUGACAAGUAUGUUCUUAAACCAGCCACAGAAGGAAAGCAGCGCUUGAAGCUGGCGCAGUUUGAUUAUGGGAAGAAGUGCUCAGAGAUCGCACAACUGACGGAGGGCAUGUCGGGCCGGGAGAUCUCCCAGCUUGCUGUGGCGUGGCAGGCCAUGGCAUAUGCCUCGGAGGACGGGGUCCUCACUGAGGCCAUGAUGGAUGCCCGGGUCCAGGACGCCAUCCAGCAGCACCAGCAGAAGAUGCAGUGGUUGAAGGCCGAAAGAGCUGGGCUCGAGGGCAGCCAGCCUCCGCUCCGGAGUGCACGGGCUGAGUGAGCUGGGCCUGGACGCCUGGGGCACACGCCCCACGGUGUCGCCAAGAGGAAGCACCAGCACCGAGGCGCCCAUGUCUCCUGGCAGCCAUUGGGGGCACUGCGUGGCCACCCACCUCCCCCGCAUUUUUAAUAUUCCCGCAG